GUUUCGAAUGCUCAUCGCUGGCCCAGCCUUACCUGAGGCUCAAGCUCAAUCUGGCAAUUCAAAGAUCAUAUUGUAGCUGUAUCUUGUUAGUAAAAUUAUUAGUAACAUUCAAAAAUCAUAUAAAAAGACGGUACCCAUUUGAAAACCAUUUGUGCCCUCAAAGAAAAAUACAUAUUGGAGAUAAAGAAAUAGCUAAUGGAGUUGAUAAAAAUAAUAUGCUUCGUAUAUAUGAAAAAACACUGAAAGUUCUUAAAGCCGGAUCAAAAUCAUCAACAUUGGCAGAAAAUGGUUCAAAACAUACUAUUCUAGAUCUAUGCGGAUGUUGUCGUAUUAUUAGUGCAGAUGAAUUAUCCAGAUGUUAUUUUUGCGAUCAAAUCAUGUGCUUGUUGUGUUUAGUACAGUGUUCAGAUUGUAAUAAACCAUUUUGUCAAAACUGUUCAUUGGCAUUGUACGACAACAAAAAGCAGCAUGUUUGUGUCAGUUGCUAUAGCUAUCAGUCAAAGUGACCAGCUUUAAGAGAAAUGCAUAGAAACUAGUAUGUAAAUUCCAAGAUUAUGAAAAAUACACGCACUAUUAUCAAAGACUUAAUUACAAUAUAUCUCCUUGAAUGUAUUUUCGUCUUAGAAUAAUUUAUUAACAACCAUUCAUUAUUUUAAGGAUAAUUCUGUUAAGAUUUUCACAAUCCGUCUAAAGCUUCAAGAACAUUACUGGUAUUGAAAUAACAAUUUUAGUAAAGUUCGUUAUUAAGAGUAAGAAGAGUAAAUUCUGUUAUUUCUAGUAUGUAAUAAAUGGUUGUAUUUUUAAUAUUUACAGUUAUAGAAAACAUAGAAAAUAUUAUUUCUAAAUUGGUAUAUGACACUUUUACGUAAAUUUAUGUAGAUAAUAUAUUGUAAUAUACAAUCUUAAUGUACAUAAAUAAAAGGAGUUUCAAUGUAAUAUCUAGAAAGAUACACACAAAACUGGAAAUAGCAGAAAAGAUUGUACUCAUAUAAAUAAAUGAUAAUAGCCAAA